GAGGUCUGUGAAUUGGGAUCCAUACUCUCUUUUGGUUCUGGUGUUACUUUUUGGGGGAAUUCUAGCGAAUGGUUUGACAACUGUUGAUGAUAGCAAUAAAAGUUGCAGGCGAUCGAUGGUCAUGGUUUCUAGUAGUUUGUCUCACAAAGGCAUUUCGUCGUGCAUGUUAACAGCAGUCGAGUCCCUGUUCCAACGCUCGCUUCCUUCGCUGUCGCCGACGCGGCAGGCUCACGCCGGUCUCCUCAAGUGCGGCCUCGUCCCCGGAGACGCCCGCCACACCUCCAAGCUCCUCGCUUUCUACGCCGGCCAUCGCUGCGUAGCCGAUGUGGAAUUCCUCUCACGGUCCGUUACUCGUCCUGACCCCUUCGCCUUCUCCGGCGUUAUCUCCGUCCUCGUCCGCUCGCACCUCUUCUCUGCUGCGUUAUCUCUUCUUCCCUGCAUGCUCUCUCUUCGCCUCCCUCCCGAUCCCUUCGUCCUCCCCGCCGCUCUCAAGGCCUGCGCCGCACUCCCUUCCCUCCCCAUUGGUCGGCAGAUCCACGCUCUUUCCCUGGUAGGAGAGGUCUCCUCUGACCGCUUCGUCGCCUCUGCUCUCGUCGACAUGUAUCUCAAGUGUGCCGCAGUGGCCGACGCGUACCAGGUGUUCGACGAAAUGCCCGAGAAGUGUGUCGUCGUUUGGAGCUCCAUGAUCGCUGGCUGCGCGACGCACGGUCGCACAGGGGAGGCUUUCCAGAUGCUCGACAGGAUGCGGAGUUCCGGCGUCGAACCGAACUUGAUCACAUUCAACGGAUUGAUUGUGGGGUUGAAGCGCUGUGGGCGGCCUCACGAGACUCUGCCUUUGCUGCGGAGGAUGCACUCCGAGGGCUUUGAACUGGACGAGGUCUCCGUUUCAAGCACCCUGUCAGCUGCCAGCGACGUGGAGGAUCUCACGAUGGGUUGCCAGAUUCAUGGAUACGUAAUCAAGACGAGGUUGGAAACCAACAGCUCCGUGGUGAGCGCUCUCCUCGACAUGUAUGGCAAAUGCGGUUGCGCCGACGAGAUGAUCCGAGUGUUUGACACGGUGACCGCGCCGGACGUCGGUUCCUGCAAUGCUCUGCUCGCCGGGCUCUCGAGGAAUGGCCGCGUCGACGACGCCUUGAAGGCGUUUGCCGAGUUCCAAGCACAAGGCAUCAAACUAAAUGUAGUGUCUUGGACGUCAAUUGUGGCUUGUUGCUCACAGAACGGGAAGGACAUGGAUGCUCUACAGCUCUUCAGACGGAUGCAGAGUGCAGGGGUGGAACCGAACGCAGUGACCAUCCCUUGCCUGCUACCUGCUUGUGGAAAUGUCGCCGCCUUGUUGCAGGGCAAAUCUGCUCACUGCUUCUCUCUUCGAAAGGGCAUCCUGGCGGAUGUGUACGUGGGUAGUUCCUUGGUGGACAUGUAUGCCAAAUGCGGCCGAAUCGCCGACGCUCGGGUCGUGUUCGACGCAAUGCCAUCAAGGAACAUCGUCUCCUGGAACGCGAUCGUCGGAGGGUACGCGAUGCACGGGAAGGCGAAGGAUGCGAUUGAGCUGCUCCUCUCCAUGAAGCGAAACCGGCACAAGCCAGACUCCGUCACCUUCGUCUGCGUGCUCUCUGCCUGUAGCCAAGCUGGACUAACAGAGGACGGAGAGCGGUACUUCUACGAGAUGCAGAGAGAUUAUGGGAUCACAGCCAGCGUCGAGCAUUACGCGUGCAUGGUGAGCCUUCUCGGCCGCGCGGGGAGGUUGGACGAGGCUUACGAACUGAUAAGAAAGAUGCACGUCGAGCCUGAUGGCUGUGUGUGGGGAGCAUUGCUCAGUGCCUGUAGAGUUCAUAACAAUGUCACUCUGGCAGAGACUGCAGCAGACAAACUGUUCGAGUUGGAGCCGGCGAAUGCCGGAAACUACGUGCUGCUGUCGAACAUCUACGCUGCAAAAGGUAUGCUGGAUGAAGUGGACAGGGUGAGGGAUACGAUGAAGACCAUGGGCGUGAAGAAGAACCCAGGAUGCAGUUGGAUCGAAAUACGGAACAAGGUUCAUAUGUUGUUGGCUGGCCACAAGUCUCAUUCCCAGAUGAGCCGAAUCACCGAGAAGUUGGAGAAGCUCAGCGAAGAGAUGAAGAGACUGGGUUACCUCCCGAGCACCAACUUCGUGUUGCAAGACGUCGAGGAGCAGGACAAAGAGCACAUUCUGUGUGGCCACAGUGAGAAGUUGGCGGUGGCUCUGGGACUUAUAAGCACUCCCGCGGGGACUCCGCUUCGGGUGAUCAAGAAUCUUCGCAUCUGUGGAGACUGCCAUGCUGCGAUGAAGUUCAUUUCCAAGUUCGAGGGCAGGGAGAUCCUUGUGAGAGAUACGAACCGGUAUCAUCGCUUCGAGGAUGGAAGUUGCUCCUGCGGUGAUUAUUGGUGAGCAAACUCUUUUUCUGCCAUUUUUUCUAUUGGUUGAAAAUUCUUCAAUGCUUGAUGAACAUCUUAAUUGAAAUGGUCCGACAAGGACUAUAAAAAAAAAAAAACUUAACUUGAGAGGGUACAUCUUGUUUUUCCUGCAA